CUCCGUCGACUGCAGCACUCCACUCACACCAUCAUGCACGCAACGCUCGGCCUGCUGCAAAAGUUCGCGCCGACCGUCGCGCAGGCGCACCCCACUGGCGAGGCGUUCGCGAUCGUCCGCCGCAUGCUCCAGGAGCGUCCGCGGCAUUUUCGCGAGAUCCUCGCGGACGGCAUUGCGAGCACGACACCGGAAGGCGAUGACAAGCCCGUCGCGUACAAGAUGAAGAAGUCCAAGGGCAAGGGCAAGGCCGAGGUCGAGUCCAUCGCCGUGCCCGAGGGACAUCCCUUCAUGUCUGGGACAUUCCUCAAGAAGCGCAUCAUUCCCGUCCUUGAGUCGCAGAACCUUGUGCGCAAGGCAUGGCUUGACGCGGUGCCGGGUUCGUCACUCGCCAAGAUGUCGCACCACCAGCGCAAGCACGCGAUGUGGGUGAUCCAGGAGGAGGGCAAGCUGGCCGAGCGGUGGGAUGCGAUCACGGAUCCGUCGCUCACGCUCCCCACGCUGCGGCGCUUGGGAGCGGAGGAGCGCGCAGCGAAGGCGGAGGCCGCGGUGAAGCGCCGCGAAGCGGCCUUCAACUCGGGCCGGGAGGAGCGUACCGAGCGCGACAUUAUGGCGUGGGCCGACCGCCCGGUGGGGUUUACGACGAGCCUGGAGCGCAAGCACCUGAACACGCGGCGGGCGCGCGCGCGGCCCAUCAAGGAGGCGCUCGUCGCGGAGCGGGCGGUGGUCAAGGCCGAGGUCGCCAAGGCGCUCGAGGCGGACAAGAAGACGUUGAGCAAGAUUGCGAGCCGCGUUCAGAAGUCGAGCGCGGCGGCCGUCGAGAAGAGCGCUGAGGCUGCCAAGGCCGCGGCCGAGGCCGUCGAGGCGCAUCGGGCCGCGCAGGCGGCCAAGGAGAAGAGGGACCAGGAGCUGGCGCGCCGGCGCAAGGCGCAGAGCGCCGAGGCCCGCAAGGCCAACCGCGCCAAGGAAGCCGAGGGCAAGGCUGAGGGCAAGGACAAGGUCCCGGCAUAGACAUGCAUAUUCAUCACUCAUGGG